CUUAAGGAAGACAUCGAAGAGAAUGACUUAAAGGACUAUUUCAUUGAAUUCGGAAAUGUAGUGAACGUUAACAUUGUCACCGAAAAGGAGACGGGAAAGAAGAGGGGAUUCGCUUUCGUCGAGUUUGACGACUACGAUCCCGUCGACAAGAUUGUCCUGAAGAGACAUCACGUGAUUAAAGGAAAGCGGACUGAAGUGAAGAAAGCGCUGUCGAAGCAAGAGAUGGACACAAUGAAGAGGAAGACUGAGGCGCGCGGCUCUAAUCCCAGGGGUGGUCAGGGCGGCAGAAACGCACCCGUCUGGGAGUCGGGACCCGGCAAUUAUGGCGGUGGCUAUGGAGGCGGCGGUUACGGUGGCCAAGGAGGCUAUGGCGGCGGAUAUGGUGGCGGAUACGGCCAAAGCAAUUACGGCAACCAAGGGGGCGGUUGGAAUCAGGGCGGGGGAUAUGGCAUGAGUGAGUGGUUGGAUGUGUUGUCUUAGGAAUUGUUUCUAAA